UCUGUAUAUGCAUCAGUAUUUGUAUCAUGCAUUGAUAUAAAUGUGACAUUGACAGUCAAUGAAGAAAACUGCGCCAUAGUUUCCAAACAAAAACAAACGAGCAGCGAAAAGGUGAACAAGGAAAAACAGUCGGGCGCUUAAAAAUCUAGUCAGUCGAGCUUGCUUCAUACAAAUCGAAGGAAUUUGUGAUACAUCUGCUUUGUGUGCAUUUGUAACAAGCACAAAAAGAUGACAAAGAUGGAUAUUCCGAUGAAAAAUAAAGUUGAAUCAACUGCGAAUUUCAUACAGAAUGGGAAAGAUGUCGAAGUGCAAGUUCGGGCUCCAAAAAGGGUGUUGCACUUCAGCGAUGGCACCAUGGAGGAAUUUAGUGACGAUGAAGAAGAUCAGGUGGAUGGAGUACCGAGGUCCGACACGAUGGUAGAUGAGUCCAAAAUGAACUGGAGCGACUGGAUGUUGCACAAGACUUGUAAACUAGGCAGUACCGUCCUGGCUGGGUGCGAUUACGUUGGCGAAGGACUUGCCUCUAUGCUGGGUAUCACCACCCCUAAGUACAGCUUCGAAAUAGAGGAGUUCAAACGAAUGCAGGCAGAACAGCAAGCCGAAGAUCGAGCCAUUCAGAAUUUUGUUGAGCAGAAUCGUCCAGCUAGUUGUGAAGACGAGCCAGCAGAUGUCAGCAAGCAAAAUACUGUGACAGUUGCAAAAAACCAGACUACAUCCGUAAAAUCUGGUGCCCCGGUGUCUCGUAUACCGGUACCCAGUGAGAUCGAAAAGUUUUAAACUAUUUGAAACAUACUCUAUCCGUCACAAAAGCGCAUUUUUAAUGACCCAAAUCAUUUGUAAAUCGAUAAUUUUUUUACCCUCAUUAUCUAUGAAGAUAUGUAUAUUUAUCAUGAAUAAAUAUGAAAGACAGUGCAAUUUCCAAAGAAAAUUAUAUAUCAUCAGCUUAAAGAGAAUACACAAUAAAUUUAUAUUUAAUAUCAAAA